AUGGAGGCCGUGGUUGUGGAAGUGUACCAAGGCGAGGCUAAAGUUGCCAGCGAGGAUAUAUCGAGCCCUAUCACUGCUGCUGAAGCGAAGGACGCUCUUCGUGACAUCAAGACAGCCUGGGUGGGCAAACUGACAGAAGCCAAUGGCAGCACUGUCUUGGCAGGGCGGCGCGAACUGACUCCUGGCGCCAUCUACCAUCUGCACCUGCAGGAGCAGCCGGGGCUGCAUGAGAAGGAUCGUUCCUGGAUUCCGCCACCCAGCAAUGUGGAUAAGACAUUGAUCACGACACGAGCCAACUUGCUGGAAGCCUUGCAAAAGCGCGACUCUGCACCGCCUGCGUAUGCGAUCACCAUAGAUGAGGCUGGCUACUUGGCUGGACAACACAUUAAGGGCAAGGAAGCGCAGAGGCAGUCAUAUGACGCCGUCAGCUGCCUGUUGAGCGUGUUCAAGGACGAAUUCCGCGACAACAAGGUGGCCACCAUGGUGCACAGCGUGACAUUGCUGGGGGUGGACUCCGUGCGGCGCCUGCUGCAUGAUGUCAACAGGGGCGUCCAUCAACAGCACCCAGAGGCCAGUAGCAGCGCAAGCGCCAUGGACGUGGAGAGAAGCAGCCACAGCGACUCCAGUCAUACAUGGACGAACACCUCCCCCUUCUCCGAGCACAACCUCUUCGAGCUUGACAGCUUCAGUGUGGAACAGAUUGCUGAUCUCCUGACCCAGUACAGAAUGCAGUAUCAGCAGCUCUAUGGCUUCCCCCUCCAGCUGGAUGUGCAGCCUCUGGCACAGCUCAUCCUAGAGCGCACAGGCGGCUUUCCGGGCCUGGUGGGGCUCUGUUGCUCUGAGAUAACCAGCAAAGUCAUCAGCAACCCCCGUGACUGGUACCAGUGGUGCGGCACCGAUCUGGUCCGCCGAGUGCAGCAGCAGCGAAACUACAGCUUGAUCAGCAACACAGUCGCCUACCUCCUGGCCUCGGGCAGCUGGCCACGGCUCCAUGAAGUGCUCCAUGACCUGCUCCUUUACAAUAGCUCCACAGCAGAGCGCACUGAGCGCCGCACCAUUGUGGAGAUGCUUCUCUCGGACGGCAUUGCAGCAGUGCUCCGAGUGCGCUGCCCGUUGCUGCGGGACGUCAUGCUUGCUGAAGCGCGCUUUGGCCUGGACUCGUGCCCGGCACCGCCCGACCUUACAACGCUGGACAUGGCAUGGGUCCUGCGCGAGGCAUUCCAGCGUAUUGACAUCCACAACAUUGAGGCAGCAGCGGCGCGCACGAAGUCAAAGCCCUUCUCUGAGUACAUCUGGCAUGGGGAGCUCUUCCCACUGAUGAAGGCCAUCGUCUACAAGGCCUAUCCCUCACUCUGCUACAGGGUCAUCACAGAGGCGCGAGCGCUGGGGAGUGCUCAGCAUCACAACAAGCGCAUCGACCUGGCGAUGACCGAUCAGAAACGCCUUCCAGCUCAUGGCGUUGAGGCAUUGAUCUGCGGCAGUGUGGAGUGCGUCCGGGAGCACUACAUGCGGGCUGCCAGCAUCUACCAGCCAUUGUACUCGCAGCAAUCCGAUGACGGCACGGCACUGCCCAGCACCAUUCAGGUAGUCAACAUCUGCUCAAAGGAGCAGCCAGGAACGGGCUACGGCUGGCAACCAGAACAUGAUAAUGGGCAUGUCAAGAUGGUCCAUGUCAUGCUUUGCAAGGACUACAGCGAAGCGCAUGUCACCUGGAGUGACAGCAUGCAGGAGGUCCUGACUGUAAGGAGUGCGGCGCACGGUCAGCUCGAGUUCCAUAUUCCGCAAGAGUUGUAG